UUUCGUUUACAAAUUGACGCAGUUAACCUAAAGUGCGAAUGUUUUGUAUCUAAAGAAAUGUCAAACAUGAGUGGAAUAUCAGCGGUACACGUUAAGAAGCUAAGUCACAAUCUUGAGGAAAUUCGAUCGAGAGCUUUGGACAAUAUUAUUUCAAAAUAUGAUCUCGGAUUUGGGUCUGACUGUGAUGCCGUGAAAAAGGAAUUAAUAACGAAACUGUUCAAUUGGUUUUCGUUUAGCAACUUUUCACAAACGCAGAAAGUCUUGGACUUGAUACUACGUCUGUUGAAGCAGACAGCUGAUAACAGUUACUUGAAUGCAUUUGGUAAAUUAAGAUUUCAAAAUGAACUUCACGAAUUAAGAAGAAAAUUAGGUUCAGAGUGGCACGAGAAAUUAAAUGAAAUUGAGGAAGUUGUUGUUAAUGCAAAUAAUUUGCAGACAACAGCAACCAACAUUGAAAAUACUAAGUAUUCCAAUUCUAUGAGAAUGGGAUUUAUUGACUAUGACAGACACAGAACACGAAUAAAAGAUUACGAGUACAAUCGAAAUAAAAUACAUGUAACAGAAGAACAUGAUUUAUCAUAUAAUCGUUCUGUUCCUUCUGUUUUGGAUAGUUCUAUACCAUUUGAUUUAACAUUGGAAUGUGGAGAUGGGACAACAGUAUUAAAGACUACAGAAGGUGGUGUCAAAUGGUUAAUUUUGCCAUGGCAACCUUUAGUCACUUCGGAUAAAGGUGUUUUGGCAGCUGUUGAAGAAGCUCUGAACAACAUCUUAGAUACAAAUCUCAUAUUACAUACUUGCCAGUUUAUUACAAAUGUAAUGAUGCAAGAUUUUCCAGCUGAAGUGUUUCUCCAAAGACCAGCAAUAGUCUCGAUACUACACAACCUUUUGGAAUCCAGUGCAAAUGCCUCAAACAGUAAUCUCAGGAGUGUUAUACCAAUGGUACUGAAAACAUUAUACAAAUUAACAAGAUCUUUAAGGCUAAGAAUUUGUUAUUAUUGCGAACCAUGUAUCGCAAAUAAAAAACAAAAGUUGUUAGCAGGAAAAUUAAGCAGCAAUGCUUAUUCUUCUUCCGACACCAGGGAUAGCCCUGAUGGAGGAUUUCUAGAAGCUAAUUAUCAGGUGUAUCAAUCUACAGGUACAAGCGAAAGGAGCCAAAACACAACGAAUAAUAUUGACGAUUCUAUUUUGCAACUGCAACAAAUGCUUAUACCAACUUAUUGUAUUGAAUCUUUGAGACACGUCAUAUCUCAAUUAAGCAUUCCUGUCAACUCAGCAUUUCCAUUAAGAAAUAUAAAGUAUAUAACAGAUUUAGUAUACGAACUAGUGCAUCUUCUGACUACAAGCAUUAUGCCAAAUAUUUGGCUCUGUAAUGACAACGUGGCCUUGAAAAUAACCGAGGAUAUGAAAACUUUAUUUAACAUGCUCGGAGAUGUUAUACAAUAUUUUGAAAGCUAUAGUACAAUAGAUCACUUUAGGAUAACGUAUUUGCAUCUUUUGACUAUUACAAUGAAACUUCUAAGUAGUAUCGUGCCUCUGGAAAUAGCGGACGUUGUUUUUCCGAAAUCUCUUAAAACCUCGAUAUGUACAGCUAUAAUGGAUGCCCCUAUAUAUCUUUUAUACUCGAGACUGCACUCUGUAUUGCAAGACUACGGUCGUCAAUUUCAAGGGAACGAGGAAGCUGCAUACAUCAAAAUAUUCGAUGAAACAAGGUUAAUAGCAAAAUCAAUGAAAGCAACCAUAUCCUUGAUCAAAAAUUCAUCAGAUCUAUCUCAUUCGGACACAUUGAAAAAAUUAUAUGCUUCGAAAUUGUGUUUGUCCUACCACAAAAAUUUCUACAUCAUCAAAAAGACUAUCAGAUUUGUGCAAAACUUACAUAGGUACUCUCUCGACAGCGAAGAUCACGUGUUGGCAAUAAAAUUAAUACUGAGCUUAUUGGCGAAUGCAGAUAUUGAUGUGCAAUAUACAACUUAUAAGGAAUGUCAUACUUUGGUAAAGAAUAUUUUAAGCGCGAGCUAUAACAGUGAAAGAUUAUCCUGGGAAAAUUUGAUAUUCUUAUUUGAAUCAUCGGUACUGACGGAAAUUAUUUCUCAUGGUGUAACGAAUGAGGAUAAAAGAAUAAAAGAAAUGGCGGAAGAUGUACUAGUAUAUAUACUCAAAGGAAGAGUUCAAAUGGGAGAAAAUGGAUGGUUAAGAUUAUUGGAAGCUAUCGUACCAGUACUGCCCCUUUUGCAGUGUCAUGCUCAUUCUUCUACAGUGUUAGGGCAGUGCGUAACUAAACUCUUUGAUCCCGAUGUUUCUUCUAGUAUACAGUUACCAUAUAUCGAGGUUUUUAAAGGUAACUUACGAUAUCUUUUCUCAUUGGAAAGUGAUAUUAGAGAAGAAGCGGUUUGUCGAUUGAUUUGGCUUCUGGGAAAGGAAAAAGAUUCCGUUCAAAAAUUGCCACGAUUAUCGUCUCUGCAUGGAUUACCUCUCAACUCACUUUGUAUACUUGAACAUCAAACGUUUAUCAGAAAAUCCGCAGGCAAUUAUCAGAGAAGCAACUUGUUGUCUGUGCUGGAAAUGUUAAACGAACCAAGCAUUGACCCAAAAAUGCGAAAAUCUGCUUUGGUUCAAAUUAGCGUUAUGUUAUCGGAUAGCUCGCUGCAUAAAUUGUUUAUUAACGAGAACGGAGUAUCCUUAAUUUUAAAAACAUUUAACAGUGCUUUGAUAGAAAAGGAUUAUAUUCAUUAUCCGGAUUCGGUGAUUUCAAUAAUCACUAUAUUAAAUUUGUUAGCAUCUACCGAGAGCGCUAUUCGCCAUGAUCUGUCUACGCGGAUAAAUGUUUUGUCGAAUAUAAUCAGGAGUGUUUUUCUGUUUCCAAGUAACGAAUCCGUUAGGACCGAUGGUUCCCAACUUUUGUGUUUGUUGCUUUAUAACGAAUACAUAAUGAGAUUGAGUGAAAAAUCCACGGAAAAUUCAAUUCAAUUGAACAUUUCGCUUCCGCAUCUUAUUACGAGCAAGAUGAAGUUACCGUUUCUUUGUAAAUCACAUUGGAAAAUAAGUAUGCACAGGCGAUCGGACCUAUCUGUCCUUCACAGUGCUAAUGGAGCAGCAUUAAAUUUUGUUAAACAAUAUUGGAUGUGGGAAUGGAACGACGGCUUAAAUGUACUUUGGAAAAGUUGGAGCGACGUGAAUAGUUCCGAUACAUCAGAAAAGUUACACGUUCAAGAGGAUGAGUUUAUGAUCUUGCGCUUUAGUUUUCCUCACUAUUAUUGUCAACAACAAUUGUACAACAUACAAAAUUCUACCACUCACAACGCUGUUUCAUGCGCGCUCGAUUAUCUUACAGUAUACAUGAAAUUUUAUAAAAUGCAACAAUACGAGGAAAUAAAGGACAUAAGUUUGUUACCUUGGGAACGAACGUUCGAACGGUUUUUACUAUCUCAUCCGGCGAGUAAAGAGGACCACGAUUUGUUCGUUGAUGUUCUAAAUUUUUUAACGCUUUAUGCGAAUAUCACGAAAAAUGGAAAAAACAGAUGGACUAACAAAGUCAUGAAGCAUAUAACUAAAUCAUUGGCAGAGUUAUUUAAAGAUUUGGAGUUGGAUGACCAAAAUGUUCAUCAAUCGAUACUGAAAUUGGCACGAACAUGUUCAGCCGCGGAGAAGCCUGAAAAGUCUACCGACGAAGAUGAAGAUAUCUGGCUUCACUUUAUCGAACUGUUAGUGUCUACUUUAUGCUUCGGAGACCAACAACAUUUUUAUAAUUUAGCAUACCUCGAUUGGCUGUUGACAUGUUUAACGUAUUUAAUUGGAAAAUGUUACUGGGCGAAUUAUAAAGGUUUACUGAUAUCGUUAGGGAAUACGUUGAUCGAACUAAUUAUAUCGUUUCAUGGCGCUGGAACUGUCAGCUUUAUGGGCUUGUCCAUAACUAGGAAUUCUAUAAUAUGCCUCAAUCACUUAUUGUAUCAGAUGCAGGCAAAUUUCAAUAAAACUGCCUUUGCGACGUUUUGGUACGACGAGGGUCGUUCGUUGAGUUGGUUACCUAUGCUGUGGCAAAAUAGGGACACCUUGGUUCAAGCGUCCGCUUUGCAAUUGCUCGCGGGUUUAGUAAACAACCUGCAUACCGCUUCUCAACUUUUAACUACUGUAGCGUUAGCGCCGAGUGAGUUGUGUCAGAUGCUACUUCAAUGUAUUCUCAGUAACGAUGAGUCGUGUAUAGUUAGAGAACAAGCAUGCCUUGCGUUCAGUAAUUUAGUGAAAAAUUGUAAUUCUUUACCUUUUCAGUAUGUGGAUUCCCUGAAGGCGAAUGCGAUUCUGAUCUACGUCGAACAAAGUAACAUUUACGAUGAAAUUACUAUUUUAUGCUCGAAUAUCUAUAUGUAUACUACUCUGGAUUGCGACUUAUUGGAUCACCGAGAUCUAGAGAGUGGAACCACACCGUCUAUUCAUAGUAUGCAAUCUGGUUGCACGUCAUUAGUGCCACGUACAAUUUCAUAUUUGUACAACUGUCAAGACGAGUUGCAUCCUUUUUCAGGAAGGGAAUCAGGGAUGACGGAUAACUGCUUACAGUUAGUGGUAACGCCGUCGUUGAUAACAGCCGUUUGCAGAUUGUUAAAUAAUUUAAUACACGUAGGAAAACAGGAAAUAAUUCAUCAGAUUUAUGAACAUUCUAUAGAUAAAUAUUUACUUGGAUGUAUCAACGAAAUUCCCAAAGAUAUCGAUGGCAAAAAGAAUCUCUCCCAUCACUGUGACAUUUUGGAAAUGUACAUUAGCAUUUGCACAGUUUUAAUUAAUUCCGUCACGUACAGUAACGAAUAUAUAACUAUCAUUAAUUUCUCUCCGGACUCGCUUCGUACUUUCUUUUGUUUUCUGCAGAGUGACUUGUACCAUGCCGACACGUCGCAAUUAUCGUCCUUGAAAACCAGAUUCUGGACGGAAAUUUUUAAUUUCAUAGCCGUCUUGUCGUUAACGGACAAUCAGCACUUCGAAGCGAUAGAAACAGCGUUAGAAUUAUCUGAUCCAAACGCAGUGUUCGUGUCUAUUUGCGCCGCAAUAAAGGACUCUAACGUGGAGCUCCGCAUGAGCGCCGUCGGUUGCCUCGCGUUUCUUAUUUCCUUGGACAUUCAGAAAGACUUUCUAGGGAAGAGCAACGUCUCGUUGCAAACGGUAAUAGAUACCACUUUGAUACAAACGUCGAGCGACAGCAGGAAUAAUUUAAGAGAAAUUAUAUCGGACAUAAAUAAGCUGUCUUUGCGAAGCGCGAGCGCGCAUUCGAAGAAACCAGUCGAAGACGAAGACAUUCUUCUAAUCUACGACAAAGCCACGGAUGAUCGCGACUACGAACAAGAAGAGAUUCCAAUCGGAGAGGAACUAUGCGGUGUCCUCUUGCAUUUGUUUAUUGUUUAUAAUUACAACAGGUCGAAGAAGAAUCGCAAAUUAAACGAGGAUAAGGACUUGAUAACGAGUGCGCUCACGAAUUUAUUAUGCGUGUCGAAUGCGGCUAAAAAGUUCGCGUUAGAAGAGAAUCUACCCGAAACUAUAUUGAUGAUAUUGAAGGAACUUUACGUCAGGUUAAGUUUGCAGCCGUUUGAACUUUUCAAAAAUCAAAUGGAACGCGAGAGAAAGGUCGCCCCCCUGUUGCACGACGUGAAUGGUAUUUUUCAAUUACUAAUGAACUUCAUGUACGGCAACACCCAAGUGAAGGAAGUUCUGACAAAAUGUGGAUUGGCAGAUGUGCUACAUAAGCUGUGGGUGUGGGUUGCAUUGAACAAUACCGUUACCACGACUGCUUUGAAAUUGCUAGCAACGUACACGACGAAAUGUCCUACAGCGGCGCAGUCGUUAACGUUAACGACUAUCUUGCCAGGAGCAGGACUUAGAAGAACUCCUAACACUCUAGCUUUAAUUCACGUCAUUAUUCAAUUGGUUUCUAAGGAAAUAGACAAGGCUGGCCAAUUGUUCGAUAAUCACAAGUUACAUUUCGCAUUUCAUGUCCUUAGGAAUGCGGUGCAUGUCCAUGAAUCUAGAGUGUCCAUAUCAAAGAGCAAUUUGCUUCAUUUCUUUACAAAAAUACAUCCAGUCAGCACGAAACGUGUGAAACCGUGGCCGCUCGUCGAACUCUACUGUUUAGAAUUCCUAAUCGACUUCACGUUUUACGAGGAAGGCCAGUUAUGUGUGCCAAAGGCUGUCGACGGUCUGGACGUCUUGUUGCAAUUAUCGAAAUGUUCUUCGUCGUCUAACAGAAUUCUAGCGAUUUCCAUACUACGGAAUUUAGCGUUCAAUAUGACGAACAGGCCACGAUUGCUUAGUUCAGUUGACUUCAUUAAUAUCUUACACGACAUAUUUAAAAACGGUUCCGUAACUGAAAUGAAAAUAGCUGGCUCUAUGCUAUGGUCCUUGAUAGCCAACAAUCAGAAAGGGAAAUUGAUCGCGCGAAGUUCUGGAUUUUCGCAAAGCAUUCAAGAGGCUUUAGGCAGACUGACGCUCUUAAGUAUAGACGAUAAAAGACAGGAACACGAGUCGAUCAAGAUAUUACAAUACGUCUUAAGAAUCCUUAGCCCGAUUGAUACGAAGGAAUGAACGAAUAUAGUAUAACGAUCAUUACAAUUGUACAUAACAGCGAAUUCUAUUUUUUUAACAGUGUCAAUGGUAUCAUUGUCAACUAUAAGUCAAUAAAAUUUGUAAUAU